AUGGUCUCACGGGAGAAGAUCCAUGCAAAGCGAAUGUACAGUAGAUUUUCCGUAAAGAAUCUUGAAGCACGACGUAAAGUACCUCGUCAAAUAAGUUUUGAAGAGAUCAAUAACAUUCCUCUACAACGUCGCACGAAUAUUCGUUCUUUAGCUGCAGCUUUGGAUAUGCUAAAGUCGAUGGUUCAAAGGCGAGUUAAAGAAGGUUCUAUUAGAUCCCACUCUAAUGCGUUGAAACCGUUUUUAACCGAUGAAAACAAGAAAGAGAGGUUGCAAUUUUGCAUAUCCAUGAUUGAUCAAGAUACUAUUCAUUCAAGGCCAAUGUUUAAUGACAUGUAUAAUUAUGUUCACAUUGAUGAGAAAUGGUUUUAUAUGACUAAGGUUUCGAACAAAUAUUAUCUACAUCCGGAAGAAAAUGAACCUAUGCGUACUUGUAAAAGUAAAAGGUUUAUUUCAAAAGUAAUGUUUUUAGCAGUGGUUGCUCGUCCUAGAAUUACUUCAUUCGGCCUUAUAUUUUCUGGAAAAAUUGAUAUUUUCCCUUUCAUUUACAAAGAAGUUGCAAAAAGAAAGAGUAAAAAUAGAGUUGCAGGAACUCUAGAGACAAAAGCCAUUGAGAACAUCAAUAAAGAUGUUAUGCAUAAUGCAAAGCCUCAUAUUAAUGUCAAUGAUACUGAGUUUUUAGAAGAAGCUGGAAAAGAUGGAUUUGAUAUUCGCCUAUCCUUUCAACCUCCAAAUAGUCCAGACUUAAAUAUUUUAGAUCUUGGUUUUUUUAGAGCCAUUCAAGCUCUUCAACAUCAAAAGGCUCCUAGAACAAUUGAUGAAUUAGUAGUUGCGGUUGAAGAUGCUUUUAAUGAGUUACUGUAUAAAAAUAUAGAUUCUGGACAACUCCCUACAAGACUUAAUUGUGAUCCAGUGGUAUUAAAUCGUGCAACAAGCUUUCUGCAAACAGAUCACAUGGAAGGGUAUAUUGUUAAUUUCUUUUUUGUGAUGUCUGGAAAGAAUCAAGGUAAUGAGUAUCUAAAAUGA